CAAAUCUCUUAUGAGGAAGUUAUUAAAAAUCCAGAUUUGAUGCCGCAUGAAUGGGUUAAUAAUCCUUUUGCUCAUGAGAAAAUUACCAAAGAUAGAGAAAGAUUGAUGAAUCACAUAAAAAUUAUUUCUGAAAAAAAAUUCUAUCCAAAGAAUUUUCUCUUUUUUGGUGAUUCAGGUUCUGGGAAAACCACUAUUGGGGAAAAUUUGGCCAAAUUAUUAGCUAAGGAGAAAAGAUAUUGUACAAAAGCAGUUGAUUCAAAUUAUAUUAAUGAGUAUGAAAAUGAAGAAAAAUUUGAGGAUUUAUUGAAUCUUUGUGAAAAAGAUCCCUAUCCUUUUAAUGAUAUUUUUAGUUUUAGAAAACGUGUAUUUGAUGAUAGGAAUAUUAGAAGUCCUCAAAAAAGAAUUGGUUUACAUAGAAGAUUUUCAAAAUAUGAAGAUUAUACGCAUGGUUACAUGAUUCAAUUAUUAGGUCGAUACCAAUCAGGAAAAGUUGACUAUCAUAUUUCUUGGCUUGAACCUGAUAAACCAGGUGAUCUUUUAGAUUUUAUCAAUGGAAGAUUUAAUAUGAAAUUUGUAGAAG